AUCUUGCUUGCUAUCGAGCAUAAUAACAGCAUCCUGAUCAAGAUUCGUUAAGCGUGCUCUGACGUUUGGAACAUUAUUCAAAUUAGUUCGUUUCAUUCUGUUCUGUUUUUCAUAUAAAGAAAAUGAAAGUUAAACGAUUUCUUUUACGUUAUUAUCCACCAGGAAUUGCAGUAGAAUAUGAUAAUGCAAGUCAGCCCAUCAGUAGCAUAGAUCUUUUGGAUCUUAGAUCUGAUUCUGAUACAAACUCUGUUGUUGAAGAUAUUUUGCAACAGAAGCCACAUAUUAAUUUCUAUUUGAAGAAUCAACUUUGUACAUUAAUAAGAAAUUUAAAAAGCAAAUUACUAGAAGGAAAAUAUCAUACUUAUCAUUUAUAUAAGGUAUUAAAAGCACAUAUUCUUCCAUUAACAAAUGUUGCUUUUAAAAAAGAUGGUACUAAAUUCAUCACUGGAAGUUAUGACAGAACAUGUAAGAUCUGGAAUACAGAAACUGGCAAAUUACUUAAUUGUUUAGAAGGACAUACAAAUGCAGUUUUUGUAUUAUCAUUCAAUAAUCCUUACUGUAACAUUAUUGCAACUGGUUCCUUUGAUAAAACUGCUAGAAUAUGGAAUUCAGAAAGUGGACUAUGUUAUCAUGUAUUAAAAGGACAUGAUCGGGAAGUGGUAUGCUUAGAUUUUUCAAAAAAUACAAGUUUGCUUGCUACAGGCAGUCUUGAUAGCCAAGUAUAUUUGUGGGAUAUUGAAACUGGAAAAUCUAUUAAAACAUUAAUAGGUCAUAGUAGAGAGAUUAUAUCAGUUUGGUUUAGUUCACGGGAACAACUUGUGUUAACUGGUUCAUUUGAUGGCACUGCAAGAUUAUGGGAUUAUCGAACAGGAAGAUGCUGUAUGGUAUUAACUGGACAUCUUAAUGAAUUAUCAUCAUGUGUUUUCAAUUGGAAUAGCACAUUAAUUGCAACUGGCUCUUCUGACAAAACUAGCUGUUUAUGGGAUCCACGCUCAGGUAUUAAAUUAUUAUUGAAAUAUUCCUGCUAGAUAUUAUUACAGGAUCUGGCAGGAAAAUGGGAAAAUAUAAUUAGAUGCUUAAUAAC